UAUAAAAAUCGAUCGGACAAGAUUUCAGCAGACCAGUUCCUGGGAGCCUUUGGAACUUGUAGAGAAAAAAAUUAUUUUUGCAUAAAAUCAAAUGAACACUUGAGUGUAGUUAAUUAGUUUACUUAGUAGUGGAAAUAUUAGAAAUUAGAUAAAAAUGGGGAACGAUACUUCUCUUCCUAUGGAGAUGUGCUCCAAUUUGUUUGAUGCAGAUGAAAUUCGACGACUGGGCAAACGUUUUCGCAAACUGGAUUUGGAUAAUUCGGGCGCGUUGUCGGUGGAGGAAUUUAUGUCUAUUUCAGAACUUCAGCAAAAUCCAUUAGUUCAACGUGUUAUUGAUAUAUUCGACGCGGAUGGGAAUGGAGAGGUCGAUUUCAAGGAGUUCAUUCAAGGAGUCUCUCAAUUUAGUGUAAAGGGUGACAAAUUAUCUAAGCUACGUUUCGCCUUCCGCAUUUACGACAUGGAUAAUGACGGUUAUAUAUCGAACGGAGAAUUGUUUCAGGUUUUAAAAAUGAUGGUUGGCAGCAAUCUAAAAGAUACUCAACUGCAACAAAUUGUGGAUAAAACAAUUGUAUUUGCCGACAAAGACGAGGACGGUAAAAUUUCAUUUGAUGAAUUUUGUUCUGUUGUUGGUAAUACGGACAUCCAUAAGAAAAUGGUUGUUGAUGUUUAAAUAUUAAUUUAAAAUUUAAAGAAAACAAAAUAUAUUAAAAGAAAAAAAAUGUUAUUUAAAGAUGAAAGUUAGUGUUACGGUUGUAUAAUUUUCCAUUUUUUUUCGUUCUUCUUUUUUUUGAAUUCAAUAAAGACAAAUAUCUAAAAUCGAAUAUAUACUAGUCACUUUAAAGAAAAAGAAUGAAUGAAAAAAUCCAUAGAGCCGAAAAUUUUGUUUCUUAACGAAAUGCCGUUUUUUUUAUUUUAAAUUUAACUUGUGUAAUUCUAUCCAGUCUCUUCCUCGGAAAACACAUUGAACCGGCUUUGAUUUGAUCUUCUUUUGGUCCGAUUCGGGGUUGAGCAUUAAGUUAACAUUUUAAAUAAAAACUUACAAGAAAAAAAAUAUUUAAAAGAAAAAUAAAAUUGAAAAGUUACUUAAAAACAAACCUAUUUUUCCAAAAAUGGACAACUGACCACUUUUUCGGAUCGGUUUUCCACAAUUUGAAAGGAAAAUUAAUUAGUAAAUUGACGCGCGUGUGUUUAUUUUCUAUUAAAUUAUAUAUGGUGUAAUAGAAACGAAACUUUUUUAAAUUCAAACAAAUGGAAAAUAUACAUUUGCAUUGAUUAAAGACCUUUCUUCUUUUCGAUGAGUGUUUUUUUAUACAAAAUAUACAAACUAGCACUGAUAUUAAUUCAUUUCGAAAUGGCUUUUAAUUUUCAUAUACAGGAAUAAAUUAUAAAAAAAAACAAUAACCAGAAUAAAAUCAUCAAAUCGAAGUAAUUUUUAACCAAAAUAUAAAAUUUUAAUCGAAUUUCGUGAAUCUACCAUCUGUAUUGUGUGUGUUUGUUUCAAUAAUAUACGAAAACGGGAAUAUUUUCUUUAUGGUUAACGAUUCAUUUCGAUUGGAUGUGCUAAACUGUUCAACAUCGGAAAGUAUUUUUUUCAAUAAAAUUAUUCAUUCAAAUUCGCAAAAUAUUUUCAACGAAAAUCAUUCUCAGAUAGAACCCGGGAAACAGAUGACAUUAUAUGAAAUGAAAUCUAUCGCUAAUUUUUUUUUAAAACAACAAACAAAAGGAUUAAUUUUUAAUUCAACGUAUUACUACAAUACCGCAUGACGAAACGCUAAGAAUUCAUGAAAUCAAUUAUUCAAUUUAAAUUAAAAUAAAAGGAAAUGUAUGUCUUAUAGUGUACUUAUUAUAUAUUUAUUUUGGGAAAGAUCUGUUAAUUUUUAUUUACUAAUUUAAAAUCGUUUUACAGAAGAAAAAAAAAAGUUGAAAAUAUAUUUAAAAAAAUGAAAGAGAAAACACUUAAAAAAACGUCUAAUUAAUCAAUAAAAUAUUUAUUGAGAAAAUGUAAAACACAAAAAAAAUUAUAAAUGUUCUUAGAAUUUAUGCUAGAUGAAAAUAGUAUAGGAAAAAAUAUGUUGUCAAACUAUUGUCUUUGUGUAGUAAUUUAGCUAUUCAAUGUUAGUUAUUGAGUGUAUCUAAAAAAAAAAAAUUCAUUAAAAAAACAAAUAAUAUUUGUCUAUCAUGAUAGUGAACUUAAAAAUUAAAUUUAAAUAAAACAAAAAACUAAUAAAGAGAAAACUUAACAACAAAAUAUGCUUUAACAAAUAUAUUUAAGUAACAAACAAAUAUAUCUUGUGGCAGACUCUUCUUCGUUACUACCUAAAUAUACUGACAAUGGAAAUAAUAAAAAAAACACUUUUUUAACCAAGAAAAAAGUGAAACCACAACAUAAUUAAAAUUUAAAAAAUAAUUAAUGAAAAAUUAAUUAUCUAAAAAAGAAAGAAGUUAGUGUGCCUUUCAGCGGUUCAUCUAUUAUGUGUGUAUAACUAGGAGCCUCAUAGUAAAGCUACCACGCUAACACACACACACAAAUAACUGAAUAAUAAAAAAAAGUGUAAAAUCCUUCUUUUUCUCUUCCAAACAGAUGAAACGUGUGGUGUGUCAAUGUAUCAAAUUUCUUUUACUUUUUCUUUUUUCUUUGUUUUCAAAUCCAAAUAAACUUUUUCGAUAUUCAUUCACGUUGAGAGUGUGCGAUUCAAAUUGAAUAAAUAUUCACUGGUUGCCCGAUUUUUAUAAAGGAAAUUUGAUAUUUUAUUCAGAAUACCCUCGAUUCAUUUCGUUUUUCUUUGUUAGGAAAAAGAACGAUUUUUGUGGUUUUAUUUAUUCGAAAAAGAAAAGUUGUUCAUGAUAUUUACUCACUAAAAAGCACUAUGAAUGAUAACGUAACAUAUAACAAAAAAACUUUAAUAAAAAUUCAAAAGAAAAAAAAAAUUAAAAAUUUUUUUAGACAGUAAAUAAGCAACUUAUUAUAAUAUGAUAAAAUAACAUUUCAGCACAUUAUGAUAUGAAUCUUUCUUAGCACAUUCAAUAAAAAAGUGAAGAAAAAUCCUUUCAAAAUAUUAAAAUUAACUAAAAUUUAAACGAUAAAAGAAACUAUAAAAAUAACAAAGAAACAAAAAUUUCAACAUCUUUUUUCCUUCUAUCAUUAUAAUUAAUGCAUGGAAUUUACAAACAACAAACAAAUUCUUUAAAAUAAACAACAAAAUCCUUUGACAAAAA